AUGAACAGCAUCUUCCGCGCUACUUCUCGCUUGUUCUUCCGGAGCACCCCGGUGGCGUCCUCUGUUGGCCUGUCUCAUGCUGACUCUCCCUCUCUGGCGCCCCACACUUCGCCUGCUGUGUACCCCCGUACUCCUGGUGGCCGAGCGCUUGGCGUUACUGUGGACUCUGGCAGGAUCGGUACAUUGUCUGUUCAUGGUAGAAAGGGCCAAAUUAUUGGUCUCUAUCCUGUGGACCAUAUCGUUACAAGGAUUGGCAGUGAUAUUUCCUGUCACAUCAGGAUCUAUGAGGCGACAAUGCCCCAUUUCGCUUGUAACCUGAGGUUUGAUGUCGAAACGCAUGAAGUCCAUUUGGAUGCCCUCCAUCACUCCUACAAACGGAACAAUAUUCCCGUCAGCAUCUCUGCUAUGCAAGGACCAUUAGCAGAUGGAGAACGCAUCUCCGUUCUGGGCCACAAGUUCACCUGGAAGUAUGCUGACGACGUGAAAGAACUAACUGAAGAAAUGCUCGACAUGUCUGUGCCUGGUCUGCGCGGGUUUCGAAUGACCAUCGUAUCGUCUUUCGAACUCCAGCGUCACAGGGCGGUCAACCUGCCUGAAUUCAUUGCCCCCGCGCACUCGUCCAAGAGGUUGCACAGGAAUACAUUUCCCCGGGGUGUUGAGUCUGCUCCACUUGCCCAGUCGACACCAGCGCGUGUCCCCAGACGCGGUUAUCGUGCACCAGACGACACCCCUGACUCCCAUCUUGGUGAUGUCUCCAUCAACUCGGCCACAAGCUCGGUGUAUAACUCGGACUCUAGCAUGCACUUUGGUUUGACUCAGGACGGUGAUUGCUAUGUCGCUCUUGAAGAGGUCGACGAAGCUACGGAACCGAAGGACGAACGGACACCACACUGGGUCCACAAGAAGAUCAGCGACCGCCUCGUACGCCGUGCUGGAUCUGUAUUCAGCAUCAAGAGGAUGGGAGAUUACGUCGAAUCCCAAGCCCGUCAGACCCCGCGCCCAUCACGGAAGCUGCAUGUGCUCGACAAAACCCAUGUCAAGUAUAUCCCUUACUGCCCCGAGGAGCGUAAAAAGAGCCCAGAAUUCGACCGGGCCUCGCCUACCACACCCCCACACAGCUCGUCAUACGGCCCGGACAAGAGGCUAAGUGACGGUUUCACUGUCAAUCAGGUCGAAGGCCCCAUUGCCAUCAGCACUGAGCGUUCGGUUGUGCUCCGAGAUCAAGUGCUACCAAGAAUAGAGAACACCAUCCUGACUACGGACGACCGGCCCUCCGAAUUUGUUUCAAAUCAGGCAGUGGUCUCCUCACUCGGCGAAGGUCCCAGUCGACGACGAAGAUUGCUUAGUACACCAGCUAGACCGGCACACACACCGUCGCAAGGGCUGUUUCGCACUUCGACACCCAGGAUUGCCAGCUCCUACUACCACGCUCCAAUCCAUCCCGGCGAUACCGCCCGUCCCGUCCCCUUCCACCUGAGACCUGAUGAGCAGAUUAUCCUAAUGCACUUUGAUCAGGCUGCGCAGGGAUGGAGCACGAAUAACGACCAAAUGGCUGAAGAAGAAGAUUGGCCCAUGGACAUAGACCCGCCCGAGCUGCCAGAGGCCCAGAUUGUCCAGCAGGUGAUAAGCAACCCCCCACAACAGGCGGGCCCGUCAAACUCGAGUUUGAUUCCUUACAUGAGCCCCUCCCGUGUGCAGGCUGUUCAGAAGUCCCGACGAGGCUGGACGAGCACUGACUCGAUGUCGACGAAUCGACGUCAAGCAGCGCAGCCCUAUCCCACCCAAAUCACUGCGGAACAACGCAGCAAAUGGAAGAAGGACAUGCUACGGAACCUGGAGAAGAAGCGCAGGAAGGAGAACCGAAAGGCACAGGCAGAUGCGAAUGCGCAGGCACAGGCGCAGGCACAGAGCACGGUCCAGGUGGAGGCAUCCGAAACCCUGCGACUGGAGGACGACAUAAUAGUUGCUGAAGAUAUAUUAAGCAAUAGCAAAACUGACACGCCACUGGGUUCUGUCAACUCUGAUGUCGAUCAUGAGAACGAAAUUGACAAGGGCGAGAGCAUUAGCAGUGGUGAGAGAGACGAUACGUUGCUUGUUUGCAAUGAUCCUGUGGCAGCGCAAGUUGCCCCUCCCACGAUACAGGUGCUGGACCCGGUUGAUACCCCCGAACCUCAGAUCACAUCACCCCCCCAACCUCAGAUCACAUCUCCCCCGACUUCCCUUCCAGCCGCCAAUGCAAGUCAGGGGGAUCCCGUCAAAGCGGCUCCCCUCGACACCGAAAUGAACGAGAUGUUGGUCAGCAAUCUCGAGCAGACGACGAACUUGCAGUUGCCUGAAGACGACGCUGCGCCCACCGCAGGACCGACGCGGAGAGGCAGCAAACGCAAGGUCCAGGAUUCCACAGAGCCUGUUGAUGUCCCUCGCGCUACAAAAGUUUCUCGCACGGCAAUGGGACGCAAGGUGAAGGAAGUCGUGCCGGACGUCGAAGCGACCACCGUAGAGGCAAUCCUUGAACAGCCGGAGGCCGAUACGAACGGCCGGCCGACGAAGACGUUGCCUCGAACACGCAAGAACGUCAGCAAAGUCGUCUCUGAGGACUCGCGGGAAGCUACUCAGCCUCGCUGUACGACUAGGUCGAUGACCAAGAACUCAGGAGCUGCAGCUGUGGUGUCAGCUGGCGUUCAGGGGAACCCCGCUUCUGGGCAAGUUCAGAAGCUCGACACGGUGCUUGCCCCUGAUCAAGUUGCGAUGGGUGGGCAGCAGGCAGCUGCCCCAGAAGACGCAAUACCACCAGAAUACCUGCAGCUCCACCGGCGCCCAACUCGCGCUCUACGGAAGAAGCCUCGCACUGCCAGCAACAUCGCCCAAACCCAGCCUCUCCCAGUUCCUGUGGUUCAUACGAGAAGCACACGUCGUAGCAAAGCAACGGCAGAGCCUCCUGUUGCGCAACCGUUGGGAGAUGAAGAUGGGGUUCAGGAGCAGCCUUCUGCGCCUGGGCAUGGAACGGUUCGCCAGCAGACCGUUCCGCAGAAGAAGUCCGCCAAGGUCACCGGCAAGCGCAGACGAGCCGUGGAAGAUGAAGAGCCACCUGCAAAGUCUGCUGAAAGCACGGGAAAGGUCGUUGUUGAGGACCGUGUGGUGAACACAGCAGACGAGCUCCCUGUUCCUAACUCGUCGAAGCGGCGAAGAACUUCCCGACGCGAACCGAUAGUAGUCGAAGAGCCGGAAGAAAAGCCUGUUCGGCCUACCAGAAGAUCGCGGAAGCCAUCGACACCUGCAAUCGAUGCACCUGCCCAAGACGCGGAGAUACCCUCGGGCAGGAGGACGAGGAGCUGGGCAGCUCGGAACGCCGGAGUGCAGGAGGCAGCUGUGCUGCCCGAUCCCGUUCCGGUCAGAAAAUCUCGCACAGCGAGAAAGUAG